AUGUGCACAUCCAUCUAGGUACAUCUUCAUGAAAAUAGACAAGCCCAGUUGGUGGGAGGAGGAGUGCCUUUCCGUCCUUUUUUCCAGCUCAGCCAUCUGAAUAUCUUGCCAGAGAGGUACACUUUUCUUCCUUUUUUCUUGUGCAGAGUGUAGGCCCUCACGUUCCAGGAUGAGCAUAACCUGGAAGGAAAGGAAGUCUUUUGAGUUGGUCCUGCCUUGCCAGCCCCUAGGGAAAGAAAGAGUGGCUUCUCAGCAUUCCAUACAGGGAGAAUGAAGGAAAAGAAGCUUCUAGCUAAUUCUUACAAACCCAAGAUGUGAGGGAUAUUGCAUCUCUUCCUUAAUAUGUAUAUGUGUAUAUAACUAUAUAAUAUAUAUUAUGUUCACAUGCACAGUGAGGGUGCAGGGAGUGGAAUUCCAUCACUAUGCCUGGCUUCCUAUAUAUGCACACUUACUUGCACAAAUGGAUGUAUAUAUGUCUUAGACAUUCACAUGAGUCAGAGUGUGAGCUUAUCCUCAUCUUUUACCAGGCUCAGGAUUUGUAACUGAUUUAUUUUGUAAGCAAUUUACUCAUUAUGUAAAUAUUUAUUGAGCAUCUACUAUAUAUGGGAUACUCCCCUAUGUCCGGGAAUAUACUAGUGAGCAAAAGAUAAGAAUAGCUGCCUCCAUAGAAGUCAGGCACUAAACAAAAUGAGUGAGUAAAAUAUAUAGUGUCAGUUGGUAAUUAAGUGCUCUGGAGAACGAUGAAGCAGGAAAAGGUGAUACAGGGUGGCUGGGAGAAGUUGCCAUGGAGAUGGUGAUAGAGAAAUUUCAGUAUUAAACAGGGCAGCCAGGAAAGACCUACUGUGUUCUAGACACAAAAGAGCUAUUGUGGCAGCAGUAGAGAUGGAGGCAGUAGAAAAAUAUGAUGGAGAACAGGAAAAGCUAAUGAUUAGGAUGUAUCUGUAAAAGAUAAGCAUGCUGUUUAAAAAUAACUAUUACUGUUGCACUUAAAAAUAAUUACCAAUAAUUUCUGAACAUCAUCACAUGUCUACUCAAAUUUCAACUUGUCUCAGAAAUAUUAGGACCCAAAUAAGGUUACAAGUUGCAUUUGGUAGAUAGGCAUCUUGAUUCUUUGAAUUAUAAUUUCACCAUCUUAUCUAUGUACUUUUUCUUUUCUUACAAUUUAUUUGUUGGAAGAAAAGCAGCCCAUUCUUCAUAUAUGUUUUUCUAUAGUCGGGAUUUUCUAAUACAUAUCCCUAUGACGUUGUUGACAUGUUUCUUUUCCUUCUUUGCAUUUCCCAUAAAUUGAUAGUAGCAUCUAGAAACCUGAUCACAUUUGGGCUUAAUUUUGGGGAAACAGCAGGACUAUUUCCAUCAAGAUACCACGAUGACUGAUUUUCUCUUUCUUUGAUGUUAGUUUGCCAUUGAUGCUUAAUUCCUAAAGCCAUUAUUUCAUAAGGAUUUGCAAAAUGAUGAUAUUCUUAUUUCAUUCUUCUCUCUUCAUUUAUUAGCUGGAUUACUUUUAUAAAGAAAAACUUCCCUCAUCUACUAUUGGAUUAUCUAGUAAUAAAGUUUUUAUAGGAAACACAGGAUAAAUGAUUAUCUUUAUGUAUCAGAACUCAAAAUAAUGAUUGUUUUACUAGCUUAUUUCACAGAAUACUUUUUUUAAAAAACAAAAACAUUAUGAUAAACCAAUAGAUUUAAAUAUAUUUGGUUUUUCAGUCCAUUGGAGUUCUUUUGUUCAGUGAAGCUCAAAUGUCCCAUCUUUGGCCAAUAUGAACUUCUUCAAACUGGCUCUCUAGACUUUUUGCUAUGGUCUCAGUAGUUAUUUGAUAACUUCUGUGCUUUCAGCAAAGGAAUAUGUUCCCAACUGAUCUCAGAUUUGUCCUUCCCCAGAUCUGGAGUCUGUCUGGCUUGCUUUUAGUCAUAUAUAAUACUUAGAGAUCAUAUUCUGGCACCAGGAGUACUCAUUACCUCUGAUUGAGCAUUGUGUUUAGGUUUCUUCAAAAUUAGAACAACAGCAUAAAGUUUGUGGUUACUUUGUUGUAUUUCUAGAUAAAAUACAUCAUGAGUUCAUCCACACAUUCCAAUUCAAAAUCAGGGUUACUGGAGUUUUACAUGUCCUUCUUUCACAAAUAUUCUGACCGUGGUGUGGUGCAUGGUGGGGAAUAAGUGCAGAAAUAGUAGCACAGGCUAGGAAACCAUUGAAAUAACUCAGAUGAGAGACUGAUUUUAAAGUUUUAAACUAGAUUUAUUGAUAGAUGGGAUGCAAAAGAGAUGGAAGAGUCAAAGACUGAACCUUUUCUUUCCUCUUUCUCAUGUGAGUUGGGUACCCACAUGGACUUUGUCUCUCUAAUCAUCAGCACUCAGAUGUAUGUGCUGCCCCAGCACAGUGCACCUGGGCAAGAGCUGAUGAAGGUUUGGCAGCUGCUGCAGAGAGGAAGAGAGCACCUGUGAUUUCUUCUAAUUCCUUUCUCAGAGCUCUUUGAAUGUGUCUUGGAUUUGAGGAUUGGAUAUGGACAAAGCAUGAGCGGCCCUGGGCUUAUUACAUGGUGAGAUUGUACCCCAGCAUAAAAUCCUUCACUCCCUUUGAGUCUGCCUUCAUGGAUUUAGAGGGCUCAGAAAAGUGAUCUUGUGUUUUCUCCCAUGCCACCCUUGGGACACAGGUACUUGAGCCUUCUUAUUUGCUCCUUCUCUCUAAUCCUUUGUACUUGGCUGGUAGUGUUUUUGACAUGCAGUGCACCUGGGCAAGGAUUCAGAGUGAGAUGAGCCUUAUUUACAGGUGGAAGGAUGGAAUACUUGUAUGUCAGCUCUCUCUUGUCUGCCUGCCAGCAUGUAUUUAUAAUCAUGCAUUGAUUAACAAUAGAGAUUUCUGGCUGGGGAUUUAGUUUAGCGGUAUGAGUGCCUGUCUGGUGAGCAUUGAGAUUGUGAGUUCAAUCCCUAGUACCAACAAAACAAAACAAAACAACCCAAUAGAGAUUUCUGAGAAAUAUGUAGUUGGGCAUUUUGUCAUUGUGAAAACAUCAGAGUGCCCUUUCAUAAACUAAGAUAUCUCCAACAUCACUGGGUGAUACAAUCUUAUGAGACCACUGUUGCAUGUGCAGUUUGUGGUUUACUGAAAUGCUGUUGUGUGAUGCAUAAUUGCAGUUCCUACUAUGAGCCAGACAGUCUGCUGGGCGAAAGGACCUAGCAGUGACUAGGAUAGCCAUAGUUCCCUGAGAAUACUGCCUAGUAGCAUAUUUACACCCACUUUGCAGGUGCACAUACAUGCUGGGGAUGCUGCAGGAUGAGUUUACUCUUUUUGUUUUUUUAUCGGUACCAGGGAUCGAACUCACGACUGCCUGCUUGCAAGCAGGCGCUUAUGCCGCUGAGCUAAAUCCCCAGCCCCCAUGAGUUUACUCUUUAGUCCCCACUCGCUAAGCAUCUCACUUUUUCCCUAGGACACACUGGUAUCUAGGGAUAUAAACUUGUAUGUGCAGAGUUGCACUGACAUGGUAGGCAGGGGUGGAGUCUUCUUCCCUCCCCCUUUUCUCUCACACUUCUCAGCAGGGGUUGUGGGCUGUUUCAGUAUUCUUCCCUCAUGUGGCUGUGGAAUGGAGGUGCACUUGCUUGCUAGCUCUGUCAUUUUUGUGCAUACACAGAUGCUCACAUGAACAUGUAUGCCCCAGUAAGGUAGAAAGGAGAAUGAACAUGUAAGGGAGACCCCACAUAAUAUGUGGGCAUGUGAGACCCCACAUAAUAUGUGGGCAAGGUAGGAAAUAUGGACGCCUUUUUGUUUCAUACUCACAGAGCAAAUGCCCACAUUCGCAGCCAUGGAUUUAUACUUACCCUCCCACCCUUACACACACAGCAGAGAAAGUGAAAAUUUGAGAGCCCUUGUAUGAAGGAACGGCAACUUCAUUAAUUUAGGGAGACUGAAGAAGAGACUCAUCAACUUAUAAGAAUAAAUCCAUGCUUCACACCCACAGAUACUCACAGAUAUUAACUCCUAUUCCCUCAUGUAGAUUUUGCAUGCAAGAGUGUGAUCAGCCUGUCUUAAAAUGCACAUUCAUGCAAAUACAUAAAUAUUUAAAGUGGAGCAUAAAGGUAAAAAUAAUAGUUAUGUCUAAGUACUAUGUUCCACUUUAGAUUUGUCAUCUUAUUUCAUUUUCAGGCCAUUUAACAGGUGGGCCUUGUUAUCUUCAUUUUUGAGAAGUCCCAUGUGACCCUGGGAAAAUCAGGUUGAUUCCUUAAACUAGUAUGUUGUAGAAUGUGAAUUUGAAGUCCAUCAUUUCCCCACCAUAUCCCUGAUUUUCUUAGUGAGGUCCUCAGGCCAGCAGCAUCAGCAUCUCGUGGGAACUUGUCAGAAAUGCAAAUAUAUGGGUCCUAGGCAUACAAAAUCAGAAACACCUGUAAUCUGUCUCAGGCCAAAGCUGUCCAGGUGAUUUUCAUGAAUGUUACCAUUUGAGAGCAAGUGUGCUAAUCUAUCCUGCUUUAUUACGUAGCCUCACAAAUGAUUUGUGAGCACAAAAAAAAAAAAAAAAAACCCUUUUCAUUCUCUGUGACCUCUCAUACUCCUUUCCUUCUAGUCUCUUUAUUCCUACAGGUUUAUACUUUGGUGUUGCUGUUAUUGGAGAAAACAAAAAUAUGUGUUCAACUGGACAUCUUAAUGUGAAGCUCAAAAACCUCCGCUUUGCUUCUUUUCUUUGCAAGAGCCAUGGAUAACAGAGGCUUUCAGCAGGGAAGUUUUAGUAGUUUUCAGAGCAGCUCCAGUGACGAAGACCUGAUGGACAUACCAGGGACAGCUAUGGAUUUCUCUAUAAGAGAUGAUGUUCCACCCCUAGACCGAGAAAUGGAAGGGAACAAGUUCUAUAAUAGUGGAGGAAUAGCUUCUUCAAAUAGGAUCAUGGAUUUUUUGGAGGAACCGAUUCCUGGUGUAGGGACCUAUGAUGAUUUCAACACAAUUGACUGGGUGAGAGAGAAGUCUCGAGACCGGGAUAGGCACCGGGAGAUUACCAAUAGAAGCAAAGAAUCUACGUGGGCCUUAAUUCACAGUGUGAGUGAUGCUUUUUCUGGCUGGUUGUUGAUGCUCCUUAUUGGACUUUUAUCAGGUUCCUUAGCUGGUCUGAUAGACAUCUCUGCACACUGGAUGACUGACUUAAAAGAAGGUAUAUGCACAGAGGGGUUCUGGUUCAACCAUGAACACUGUUGCUGGAACUCUCAGCAGGUCACAUUUGAAGACAGAGACAAGUGUCCAGAGUGGAAUAGUUGGUCCCAGCUUAUCAUCAACAUGGAUGAGGGAGCCUUUGCCUACAUAGUCAACUAUUUCAUGUACGUCCUCUGGGCUCUUUUAUUUGCCUUCCUUGCUGUAUCUCUUGUUAAGGUGUUUGCACCUUAUGCCUGUGGGUCUGGAAUCCCUGAGAUAAAAACUAUCCUGAGUGGUUUCAUUAUUAGGGGCUAUUUGGGUAAGUGGACCCUGAUUAUCAAAACCAUCACCUUGGUGCUGGCAGUGUCAUCUGGCUUAAGCCUGGGCAAAGAGGGCCCCCUAGUGCACGUGGCUUGCUGCUGUGGGAACAUCCUGUGCCACUGCUUCAACAAGUACAGGAAGAAUGAAGCUAAGCGCAGAGAGGUCUUGUCGGCUGCAGCAGCUGCUGGUGUAUCUGUAGCCUUUGGGGCACCUAUUGGUGGAGUAUUAUUUAGCCUGGAAGAGGUCAGCUACUAUUUUCCCCUCAAAACCUUGUGGCGUUCAUUCUUUGCUGCCCUAGUGGCAGCAUUUACUCUACGUUCCAUCAAUCCAUUUGGGAACAGUCGCCUAGUGCUAUUUUAUGUGGAGUUUCACACUCCAUGGCAUCUCUUUGAGCUUGUGCCAUUCAUUCUGUUGGGCAUAUUUGGUGGUCUGUGGGGAGCUCUGUUUAUCCGCACAAAUAUUGCAUGGUGUCGGAAGCGGAAGACCACCCAGUUGGGCAAGUAUCCUGUCAUAGAGGUACUCAUUGUGACAGCCAUCACUGCCAUCCUGGCUUUCCCCAAUGAAUAUACCCGAAUGAGCACAAGUGAGCUCAUUUCUGAGUUGUUCAAUGACUGUGGCCUUCUGGACUCUUCCAAGCUUUGCGAUUAUAAGAACCUUUCCAACACAAGCAAGAGUGGUGAACUUCCUGACAGACCUGCUGGUGCUGGAGUCUCCAGUGCCAUGUGGCAGCUGGCUUUGACACUCAUUCUGAAAAUUGUCAUUACAAUAUUCACCUUUGGCAUGAAGAUCCCUUCUGGCCUCUUUAUACCUAGCAUGGCUGUUGGUGCUAUAGCAGGUCGACUUUUAGGAGUAGGGAUGGAACAACUGGCCUAUCACCACCGUGACUGGACCAUCUUCAAUAGCUGGUGUAGUCAGGGAGCUGACUGUAUCACUCCUGGACUUUAUGCAAUGGUUGGGGCCGCAGCCUGCUUAGGUGGAGUGACUCGCAUGACUGUUUCUCUUGUUGUCAUAAUGUUUGAACUGACUGGUGGCUUGGAAUAUAUUGUUCCUCUGAUGGCUGCAGCUAUGACAAGCAAGUGGGUAGCAGAUGCUCUUGGACGGGAAGGCAUCUAUGAUGCCCAUAUCCGUCUCAAUGGAUAUCCCUUUCUUGAAGCCAAAGAAGAGUUUGCACAUAAGACCCUGGCAAUGGAUGUGAUGAAACCCCGGAGAAAUGAUCCUUUGUUGACUGUCCUUACUCAGGACAGCAUGACUGUGGAAGAUGUUGAGACCAUAAUCAGUGAAACCACUUACAGUGGCUUCCCAGUGGUAGUUUCCCGGGAGUCCCAAAGACUUGUAGGCUUUGUUCUUCGAAGAGAUCUCAUUAUUUCAAUUGAAAAUGCUCGAAAGAAGCAAGAUGGAGUUGUGAGCACAUCCAUAAUUUACUUCACUGAGCAUUCUCCUCCAGUGCCACCAUACACUGCACCCACUCUGAAGCUUCGGAACAUCCUCGAUCUCAGCCCUUUCACUGUGACUGAUCUUACACCCAUGGAGAUAGUAGUGGAUAUCUUCCGCAAGCUGGGACUACGGCAAUGCCUGGUUACACACAAUGGACGAUUGCUUGGAAUUAUUACCAAAAAGGAUGUGUUAAAGCAUAUAGCACAGAUGGCAAACCAAGAUCCAGAUUCCAUUCUCUUCAACUAGAAUCGGGAUUCUUCUGGAUAUAAAACAGGAAGGACAUUGCAGACCGUGGAUAUAUUUUAUUAAUUGGGUACCCAAAACACAUUUCCCAUUGGAUGGUGAAGUCAUAUUAGUGUGUUGUCUCUUUCCUACAACUUAACCAGUUGCACUACAUAUUCUGGAUAUUAAUCUUCUCUUUAGGAGAAAAUACAGUUAGGCUUCUGAUAUAUUGCAUUAGGAAGAUCUCAUGAAAGAGUAUAAAUAAGAUUGCUAUGGUUUAUAUUUUUAAAUGAUUUUUUAAUUUAAACAAUUAUUGUUAGCCAAUAUGCAAUUACUGAAAACUAUGCAAGAAAAAUUCCAAAUGUCCUGACCCAUAACCUGCAGGAAACUCAUGAAAAAAAUUCACUUUUGGGAAAUCUGUCAUUGGUGGAAAAUGAAGUGUAAACUAAGGGGCUUUGCUUUUCAAGCAAUAGAAAAGAAAGCCAGAAGGAAAAUAGUGAUGGUAUUUUUUAGACUGUGAAGAUUCAGUUCAAAUAUUAUCCUUGUUCCUGUUAUAAUAAUUAGCAUUAUCAGUUUGUUAUGUGUUUAUGUGUAUGUUAAUUUUAAUUUCUGAUUAUAAAACAAUGCUGCUUUGGUUAAUCUCCUCUAAAUGAGUUUAGAGAGGUUGACUUUUAUAGCUUGCUUAUUCCUGGUACUCUUUUGAAGUGCACAAAGGUAACUUAGAGAGCUUUCUUCUUGUCUGCAAACGGUCCAGGUGAUUUUUGUUAGCUAGUAGACAAUGACUUUACCAUGAAUUUGCUGGUAUCAAGGGAUGAUUUCUUUCAGCUUCCUUAAAAUGAAUGAUAAGUAAAGUUCUAAGCAAAGUCAAUGACUAGGAAUUUGACAUUUUUGUGAGGUCCUAACUAACCCUCUUACUCAGAUGCCACUUCCAUGAAUGAUGGUGCUUUAGCCUUCUGGAAUAUUUAAGAAUAGUAAAGGGAAUCAAGUCUAGACUGCAUACUGGUAAACUAGGGAAGAUUCAGAGCUGCAUCAGCAUCUUUAUGCAUUCCUUCAUAAACACUACCAGUACUAAAAUAACAGCAUUCAAGUUCUUCCCAGCAUAAAGUACAUAUAACAGGCUCAUGUUGUCCCUAUAAGCAUGAAUUAGGCUUGAGAUACUUUAACAUAUAUUCAAGAUGUUGGAACAGAAUAGGCAAGUGUGACUUGAGUGCAGAACCACCCAAGACCUGGGAUAUGGACAAGGCCUGGUGACACCAAAGGUGCUUGUAUGCUUUUGAAAAGGUGCCUGUCUCAAUUUUCUACCACACUUAACUAGUUUUAAAAAAUUACACAGUAGAGACACCUGGUGGAAUUAAAGCGCCAUCACCAUCAUUCCAAUCACUGUUUCAUUUUCUGUACUUUUACUUAUGUGCAGUUACUCCUUAUCCAUUCUGUUACUCUUUUUCCUUCAUUCUGAAUCCUCAGAUUAAGUAGUAUGCCUGGUUAAUAAUUUCUAGUGACAAAAAAUAAAUACUAGGGCUAGUUAAAUUGUAAAGCAGGGCUUAGCAAUCCUAUGGCACAUGAACUAGAGGGGUCACAUAACCCCUUUAUUUGCCAUGUGGCUCAGUUGCAAUUACUCUGUCUGCAUUGCUGCCCAAGAUUCCCAUGGCAAGGAAAUUCCACUGUCAGAGAUGAGAAUUCAGCUCUGAUUAUUUUAAAAAUCUGUUCCUAGCACUUCAGAAUCAGCAGUCAUUUGGCACAUUAUCUUAUACUCCCCAAACACCACAGUGUACCUCAUUUAAAAGUUGUUGCUUCCCAAAUCUAGAACUUUUCAACUUUACAAAAUCCAAGAUUCUUUUAUUGCCCAGAACAGACCAGCCAAGUUUUUUUUACAGUUUUUUUAAUCUUUUAACUAUAGAGGCAGUCACCAGAGUUCCUCCUUUUAAAUAUAUCUUAGCAUUUUAAUAAAAAAGAAAAUGCUCCAGGGUACAUGGUAUCAUAGUCACGGCUCAGUAACAUUAUGCCCUUUGUCCCUUCUAUGCCACUGAUUCUUUCCUAUGAGAUGAGACUUCCUGACUGACCAAUGUGCAUAUUGUGUAGAGAUCAAAGUUCUUAUUUGUAUAUUUCUGGUUCAAUAUCUAUCUUAUUAACCAUCCUUCCGCUAAAGUUUGCAAAACCAGAAAUGUUACUAUUGCUGUUUUUGAUGGCAAGAGAAGGUUUGGUCAAAUUUCAUAGUCCAUCAGUAACGUGAAGGGUGUCUAUUUUGCCUUUGUGUUUUUUCUAGGCUGUUUUCUUUAUUUCAGACAGAUGAGCCAGUGCUAAGGUGCUAUUUCAGAGAAUUAAUUCAAAAAUCAGAUAACACUGUGCCAAGGUAUACUUUCUAGAUACUAAGCACCAAUUGGCUCCCCAGAGAAUGACAAUAUCCCUUUGAUACCUCACUUUUCUUAAAUCUCAUUCAUUAACCUCAGCUUCUCAGGAAUUCUUGUUGCUUGUGUGCUAGAAGUAGCUAUAAUGUAUGGUGUGUACUAUGUGUUCAAUAUUAUGGUUUGACUUCAAAGUUUGGCUUAUUGUCCUGGAGCACUCUACAAGAUUGUUAGCUCAGCACCUUGACACUCACAGUUUCUUGUCUUGAGGAAGAAAGACAAGUUUCUUGUCUUGAAGGCAGAUAUGCUUCCUGCCAUUGACGUUUCAGCAUUAAACAUACUUAACCAAAAAGCAAUGCCAAAAUUGGGAUGUCUGUCUAAAGCCUCCACUGGCCACAUACCUCAGUGGCAAAAGACUAGAUAACUUGUGAUUUUUAAGAUGAAUGAAUAGAAACUAGUCAAUUUUGGUACUAGACCAGAAAAUUACCUGACACAAGGCAAGGGUUUACAAAAAAAUGCCAAUAGGUACUUUGACAGAAUUUGGAUUUUCCAAGGAAGAAUAUUUGGUCAGCAUCCAGCCAUGAAGUGAGUCAGAGUGUUAAAUCUGACUGUUAUAAUUUGUACCUUCAGAUCUGCAAUGUGAAGAAUGUAAGAAAGCUGACACAGUGAAUAUAUGAUGAGAGAAAAGUUGAGGAAAGAAGCAGAGGACUGAAAUACAAAAUCAUGGCUAUGUUAAUAAUCAUUUCUGUUCUGAUGUUUGUCUAGAAAUGAAUUGCAACACACUCUUCUUCCUCUAGCUCCACAGUUCUGGCUCAUCCCAGCUGUAAAGUAGAGGUAAUACCCAAAAAGUAGACAUUCUCUUGGUAGAUUACUUGAAAUUGACAGUGUUUUGAAUUUGCCAGCUGGUGUAGCAAAUGAUUAAUUUGCUGAUUGAGCAGCAAAACAAUUCAGUUGUUUUGGUGCCAAAGGCUGAAUCUAAACCCUUUGUAGGAAAAGCAGUGUACCUUUUUGCAAAAUAGAUAUAUGGGCUAAAUAUUAGUGUCCAAAGUUUUAAUUUUUAAACAUUUGUGGGAUUUCCUUUGGGGAGGGAAUUGAAAGAGAUGGCAGUAGAAAGGCUCAAUUAAGAAAAUAUAUAAGUAGUAUAAAACGGUCCAAGGAAAGGCAUCCUAUACCCCUUGCCAUGCAUCUUGGCACUGAGAUGUAUAGAAACUACUUGAUCAUAUGCUUUGAGGUGAGAACAAGUCAAGUAAUCCCCUAUGUUGAAGCAAACCAGAGGCUCAAAGCAAUGUUCAGAUCAAAGGCAGUCAGUCUGGUUUUAUGGAGAAGGCUGAUCCACAGAUAUUUGCACAGAAAGAAAUGUGCUAUCUGAGUGGUAAGCUUUCUUUACCUUUUUAUUUUUAAACUCCCUAAAAGAUCCUUAUUACAUGUUGAAAAGAAAAAGGUAAGAGACGAUCAGGUCAGAGCUCAAAAGCUGUGUAAAUUUGAAGCUCAGUCAGCACAAUGGACCUGGGCUAUUAGGGAAUUUUGUUCUGCUUCAGUUCCAGUUGUUUGCUCCAAAGAGAAAAGCUCUAGGAAGAGUUGGUGUUAGUAAAUUUAAGUUACUCUCCCAGCAUUUUCUGGCCACACACCUCAGUGGCACAUCUGGAUCCUUGCAAAGUUUUAAAAAGAUGUAGGGAACAAAAGUAGUUUUCCAUGGUGUACUCUGUGUAAUCUGAUUUUUCCAGAUCAACCAAGAAAGAAAGAAAGAAGAAAGAAAAUAAUAUGCUGAGUUUGCAUUUAUUGGAUGGGACUUCUCAGGCCACACAGCCCAGUCUUGCAGUCAUAAAUUCCUACCUCUUAAAUUCCUGAAUUCCUGCCUAAAUUUCCACCUAACAGUGGGUCUUCAGCCUCAGUGUACAUUCAUUGAAUAAAUAUAACUUGCCAAAGUUUGACUUUUACAGGAUGUGAUGUAAAAAUGUGAAGGCUUAUUAGACACAAUCUCUGCCUCUCCCUUUUAAUUUCUUUAUCUUCCUUUCCCUCCACCAUGUUCUGCAUUCAGAUUUCCUUCCACUUUCACAAACAGUAGUGUUUCGAAUGUAUACCUUGGAAAAGAGAGAGAGGAUGCUGCUGAGAACGGAGGAUGAAAGCUCCUCCAAAGCAAAUGGCAUGUUAGCAUUUUUCUCUAUCAUCUAGGUUAUAGCCAAAGAUAGUAUCAGGAGUAUCAAGGGCUUUAGCAUCAUAAGGUGGACCUAGGAAAUAACCAUUGCUAAACCUUAUUAUCAUCUAUUAAUCCCAGUCUGUUGGAAUUCAGAGACAGUCUAGGAUUUGGCAAGGGAAAUGCCAUGUUGCAAAAUAAGGAAGAAGGCAGAGCCUGUAAUGACAUUCAUGAGGGUGGGAAUAUUCAGCCUCAUUAUCAUAUUGAGGGUACCUCAGAAUAUAUGAUCCAUGAUCCUUCCAGAGUGCUCCUUUGCCAUUAUCUAUUUCACUUUGUCUCCCUCCCAGUGUCCUGCCUUUUUAGUACUCAGCUAUAUAUAUAUAUAUAUAUAUAUAUAUAUAUAUAUAUAUACACACACACACACACACACACACACACACACAUACUUUUUAAUGUAUAUUUGGUCCUUUGGGACUGUGUAAUGGUUAUAAGUUUAUUCCAUUCAAGAAAAAAUGUUUAAUAUUUUGUUCUCUUAAGCUGUCUUUUGAAGCUAUGCUGCUAACCAGGUACGGGCCAGAAAGGAGUUGGGCCUGACAGCAUCUUGGUCAUAUCACUGAAAAGUGACAGUGAUGUCAUCAUGAUGACGCUUCUUGAUUUGACCAAGGCCAGCCUCUUGUUCUUACCUCUUCCCAUUCACUUGUGGCUAUUGGAAAUAUACCAGCUUUUGGGUGAGCCAUUGAGGCCAAAAGAAUCAGAGGGCUCAGAUUCCAGCCUAUGGGUCACUAUGUGAGUAUCUCUGUAUAAAGCUCCUUUCUAGGGCUGGCUUCAGUUGUAGUAGCCCAAGAAAACCUUUCUGGACAUUUGAAUUCCUUAGAGUUGGUUCAAGUUCAGCCAGCUAAAGGAAGUUAAUGUGAAUGAGCAGCAGCUACAUAUCCAGAAACUGGCUUCAACCAAAGCUGAUAAAGCCUGAGUUUCCACAGGAAGCUUGGUGCUGAGCUGUGCAGAGCAAUUAUUUUUCUAAGUGUUGCCAACUCUUUAGCCAUGCUUUCUUAGCUUUAUCCUCGCCUGUUCAUAGGCACUGUCUGAACCAAAGCUAUGGCUCACUGCUCACUUUUUUCUGCUCCCUGGUCGUGCAUAGCAACAAAGUAAAAAAGAAAAUGUGGACAGGGAGUUAGGAGACCUGGUUUCGAUUCCCUAUGCUUCUACUAACUAGCCUUGAGAUCUUAACCGCUCUGUGCCUCAGUGUUCCCAUCUGUAAAAUGGGGAUAGUGUUAAUUGCCCUACCUACCUCACAGGGUUGUUGUGAGGAUAAACUGAGACAAUGAAUGAAAAGUACUUUGACCAGUAAGUGCUAUGCAAAUUUUAAGAAAUGGAAGCAAUCAUGUUAAAGGCAAUGCGAUGGACAUUGCCUGAAGGGUUAAUGGGAUUGUCCAGCCCUUUCUCUGUGUGGCUUAAAUCUAGGUCGCCAUUGCUUUAUACAUUUUCCCUUAGCACAGAUUUGUAAUUAUGCAUGUAAUAAAGCACAGCCUUAUCCAACCUA